CGUUUAUGCUCGCUCUCAAACGCCAUUUAAAUCUAUAUUAUAAAUUCCGUUCUCAGUACCAAGGAGAGAAAUACAAAGACUUGGGAGUUCGGAGUAAUCUACAGACGAGUACGGCCGAGAAGAUCUGACUCCAUAUUAUAGGUUUUUGAAAUGGCUCAAUCAGCAAAACCUAUCUCGAGCCCAGUCCCUGAGUCGUUGUACCCAACUCUAGCCGUGUUCAUGCUCGCUAUUGGUCUUGUCGUAACGGCUUCUUUCCUCAUCUAUGAAGCUACUUCUUCAAGGAAGAAUCGCAGCCUUGCAAAAGAGCUCACGAGUGGGGCAGUAGCAUCUGUUUUCUUGGGUUUUGGAUCAUUGUUCUUGCUGCUUGCGUCAGGCGUGUAUGUUUGAUUUACAGACAUGGAUAGAAACGAGAUUUUGUAUUCAGCUUCAAAAUGAAUGCCAUUUUGACUGUUGUAGAACUUUAUGACAAAAUCCUUAGAACGGAUCGUCACCUCCUAGAACGGAUCGUCACCUCCUUGAGUAGCCUGAGAGUUCAGGAACUGAAUGACAAUCAGGACUUCUGUUUUCUUUUUUUUUUCCUUUUCCUGUAAGGGAUCUACUGUGUUUUCUCUUUUAUGCCAAUUUUGAGGUUUCCAAAUGUUUUAGUUCACUGCUUAUAAAAUUAAGAUAAUGCAUUUCAUGGAGGUAAGAGGGAAAAAAAAACGAUUACUUCGUUCUUAA